AUGAGUGGCAUCUCUACCUUCCAGAACUGGCCCUUUAUGGAGGACUGCACCUGCACACCAGAGAAGAUGGCUGAAGCUGGGUUCAUCCAUUGCCCAAGUGAGAAUGAGCCUGAUUUAGCCCAGUACUUCUUCUGUUCCAAAGAAUUAGAGGGCUGGGAACCAGAAGUCAUGUUGGAACAUAAAAAGCACUCAUCUAUUUGUGACUUCAUUGGCAUUAAGAAGAAGAUUGAAUAUUUAGCACUCAAUGAAUUCUUGAAAUUGGAGAAAGAGAGAGCCAAAAACAAGAUUGAAAAGGAAAGCUCCCAGAAAAUAAUUUCAUUUGAAGCAGGCAACGAAAGUAUGGAAUGA